AUGGUCCUGACACGCAUGGGUGACAAACUUGCUGUCAUCGCCAAGAUUUGCCGGGAUAGAAGAAAGGGUCACAAGAUCUCCGCUGGGGAUGCCGAGUUCCCGCGGGAGUACCACACCCUGGGCCACGGUGGCACGCGUCGUUUCCCUGACAACAACAACGGGGGGCAGGAACCCACCUCGGGGGACCGCCAACGCCACAACGACAUCGCUGCCAAGAGCCUGGAGGCCCUUACGAACCUUCACAAGGCUGACAUAGAGCGCCAGCGCGGAGCCUUCAUGGACCUCCAGAAGAAUCAGAAGUACCCGGCCAGCCCCUGUAUGUCUCAGGGCCAGGGCUCACCUAACUGUGGCCGCCAACAGCAGCAACAGCCAAACUACUGGAGCUUCAAGGCCCGCACCCCCCGUGUGAUCCGGCCCAACCCCAACCAGCCGGCUCUAGCCGACCAGGCCAGCAGAGUAUCCUUUGCCUCGGCUGAGAGUCUGGAAACCAUGUCUGAGGCCGAAGUUCCCCUCGGGUUCAACCGCAUGAACCGCCUCCGCCAGAGCCUGCCCCUGGCGCGCUCAUCCAGCCAGGCCAAGCUCCGCGCGCCAGGCAUUCUCUUCCUCCAGCUGGGGGAGGAGAUGAGGAGGGUGCACCUGACCCACGAGCUGACCAGCCUGGAGACCCUGAGGGCCCUCAUCGUCCACAUGUUCCCCCAGAGGCUCACCAUGGCAAUGCUCAGGUGCCCCAGCACGGCCCUGCUCAUCAAGGAUGAGGCCCGUAACGUCUUCUAUGAGCUGGAGGACCCACGAGACGUCCAGGACCGCUGUGUCAUCAAGAUCUACUGCAAGGAGCCUGUCUACGGCAGCUACCCCAGUCACCACAACCCACACCUGGCCAACGGAGACCUCCGGAGGGAUAUGGUGUACACGCCCCAGCAGGAUUCCCCGCCCAACCGUCGCCUCAGCAACGCCCCUGCCUCCUCCGCCUCCGCCCCCUCCGGCUCGCCAUCCCGCAUCCGUCUCCUCUACAGUGGGGGCCGCCCAUCCUCUUACGCUGGGCAACCUCACCCCCAGCAUCAUCCCCAAACCCACUCCCUCCCCCACCCCCACCACUCCUCGCCAGGUGGCCAGAAUGCGGCCCACCACCAGCAUCACCCCCAGCAGCUCCACCACCAGCCCCAGCUACAGCACCACGCCCAGGCAGGUUUCUCCCCCAGUGCCAUCCUGGAGCGUAGGGAUGUUAAGCCCGAUGAGGAGGUCCACGGCACUGGCUCCAGGAGCAUAGUGCUCCUGCGGGGCGAUGCAGGGGGGAUCUAUGCUGACCCCUAUUCCCUGGGCCAGGAAGGAGGCCGCCUCAGCCUGGCGGGCCCCCACUCAUCUCUACCCCCGAGAGGGGACGCCUACGGCUCUCUCUACCGGCGCGGAGGAGGCGGAGGGGCCGGAGGAGGGCUGGGACCCGGCUCCGUGCGCUCCCUCACUUCCUACUCGGCGGCGGCUCUGCAAGGAGAGCUGAUGGACAGUGGUGUCCUCUACAGGCCUGGAGGCCCACUGUAUAAUGAUGCAGCCUACGCCGCGUCCAUGUUGGCCAUGGGCUUCCGGGUGCCACCCCCCUCGUCUCCGCAGAAAAUCCCCGACAUGAAGGACUCGUAUUCAGGCACCAUGCCCGGCCGGGGCUCCCCUGCGAGGCAGACCCUGCGGAGGGACUCAGUAUCCUCCACCGUGUUCGGGGAGAGUCCCAAAGCUAGGGGUCAGGGGUCAGGGUUGGGGUCUGAUCAACUGUGCUUAAUGGCUGGACCUGGAGGGGAGAGCGGUGGUUUCAGUUCAGCACCAGGUUUCAGUUCACCUCUACCAGGCAAUGAGACAGAGACCAGGGGGCGCAUGGAGGCCAUGGAGAAACAGAUAGCCAGUCUGACUGGUCUACUGCAGACUGUUCUGACCAGGGGACCAGAGGCCGAGAGCCCGGACAAGAUUGAGACAGCCAAUGACUGCUCUGAGACAGACACCCUGACACCGUCGGCUCCAUUGGCCCUGAUGCCGCCACCACUCAUAGGGUCCUCCCAGCCACUAAUGGUGUCGCGGCUGCAGAUGCAGAUCCACCUGCAUGGCCUGCAGCAGAACACCAGCGAGCUGCGCAAACAACUGUCCCAGCUGCGCAACAUCCAGUUGGAGAACCAGGACUCAGUACAGUCCCUGCUGAGGCAGACCGAGUCGGAGCUGAGCCUUAUGAUGCUGGAUGCCAUGCGGACCCAGGAGGACCCUUUGCAGAGGCAGCGCCUCCUAGUAGAGGAGGAGAGACUCAAGUACCUCAACCAGGAAGAGCUGCUCAUCCAGCAACUGCAUGAUCUGGAGAAGUCAGUAGAGGAACUGCAGAGGAACUCGUCAGUCAACCACGGCCUGGUGACUGAGCAGGAAGUGGAGCAGAAGAGUAUGGAGCUAAGGUCUCUGGGAGAGACCCUCACAGAGCUCAAGCACCAGUUCCCCAGUCUGCAGAGUAAGAUGCGCGUGGUGUUGAGGGUGGAAGUGGAGGCUGUGAAGUUCCUGAAGGAGGAGCCACACAGACUGGACGCACUGCUGAAACGCUGUAACACCAUGACCGACACACUGACCACCCUACGCAGAAAAGUGACCGAGGGCCUGUGGAAAGGCCAGAAUGACAUCUCCAGCCAGCCAGCCAAGCGAACGGAGCACACAGGAAAGAGUUUGGACCUCGACAUACUGACCAGUCCACCGCUCAGCCUCAAUGACCUGGGUGGCAGUGCCAGCCUUGCCAACUGGAUGCCCGUAUCAGGCAGUGACCCAGAUGCUUCGGGAACUGAGCAGGACCCCCACCCUACGGCCAGCUACAGAAGCCGGGUCCUGGACGAGCUGCCGAGCCGCCGCGGUGCUGGCAAAUCAGUGUCUGCGGAGGUCAGACUGGCUGCGGAGCGGGACUGGGAGGAGAAGCGAGCUAGUCUGACCCAGUUUAGUGCCCAGGACAUCAACCGUCUGCUGGAGGAGACCCAGGCUGAGCUGAUGAAGGCCAUCCCAGACCUAGACUUUGCUGCCAGGCAGAUCAACAAGCCUGCUGUGCCCCCCAAACCCCACCCCAAACCUCAGUUCACCACCCCCAUCACUACCUCCACCACCACCUCCACCACCACCUCCACCACCACUAGCACAAACACCACUACCAGCACUGAGCACCAGCCCAACAUGGUGCAGGUCACUGCCCAGAAGCUGGAGGGGGGCUCACGUUGCGGAUCUGAGCUGACUGUUACCAGGUAUCGCACUGAGAAACCCUCUAAGUCUCCGCCUCCACCCCCUCCUCGCCGCAGCUUCCCAUCAGCCCAUGGCCUCACCACCAACAGCACUGGAGAAGUGAUCGUCACCACCAAGAAGCUGGAGCCAGAAGACGGAGAGGCUCCGAAGACUCUGGUCAAGCUGAGAAGGACACCGUCUGACACCCCCCGCCCCACCUCCACUCCGCCCGUCAUCGCCGCCUCAGCGAUUAAAGAUGAGGACGACGAAGAGAGGAUCAUUGCUGAACUAGAGAAUGCAAGCAACUCACCAGGGGGAUCCAAGGGACCCCAGUCAACUGUAGCGGCUAGACUGAAGAACCUCCAGCAAGGCAGCCUGGAGAGGCCCAAGACCAGGAAGCAGAGAGAGGACUUCCCCAAGAUCCAGGGCCAGCAGCAGGUAUUCCACUUCUAGAAUGCCCCUCAGGGGAGUAGCCGUCUUCAGAACAGCUCUGGUGGCCUUUGACUUUGACAACAUCCCCGUCUCACAGCUGUCUGGGCAACUAGUGGGUUCUUUCGGGACUAUACUGGGAUACAAUAUGUUAUCAGUGGGAAUGUAGUGACGCGAAAAGGAUUGGGCUCAUCGGAAAUCACCAAUGUUGGUUGUUAUAUUAUUUGACUUUGAGCUGUGGUUGGAUCCAAAAUGGAUUGUGUACUGAGCGGGCUCUAUUAUCCCAUUGGCUGGCAUUGAUGUUUCUGAGGAGGGUAAGAUCAUGGAGGUAUUGUGCACUUAACAAGCUAAGUGGCACCUAAACUGCACUUCUCGAUUAUGCCAUGGAAUAGUUGAACAUUUUAAUGCCGAACCCCUGACUUUUCACCGAGCAGAUGAUGAUCCUACAGUACCACGGCUGUCUGACUCGGCUUCCUUUAUUUGAACCGCUGAAUCAUUCUGUCUCCAGCUGAGUCAUUGAAACCACAGUCCAAAAGUGAGAGGGUCAGGCGAUGGAAAAGUCAUACUCAUUCCAGGGAUUUUCUUUAUUUGUACUAUUUUCUACAUGACAUAACACAUGGAAUCAUGUGGUA